GAUAAUUACCGACAUUUUACUAAUUGUCGGUACCUUGGAAACUGCAAAAGUUUCAAGCAUGGAAUCAGCUAUUAUCAACAAGUCGAUAACGAAGAUGAUGGAAAAACAAUAAUAAUCAAAUAAUCUGCAAUUAUAUAUAUUGAUUCGUACGGUACGUAGUGAUAUACGAGUAGUCUGGAGUCAAUCAUAUAUGCGCGAGUGCCGCGUGUGCGUGAGAUUCAGUCGUUCGGUGAGGUUAGGCGAUCAUGUGCCUGAUGCCUGAUGUGCCGUGCUGUUAGCUGUUCCUACAAUUGAGUGUUUCAUGCGAGUUAAGGGUUGCGUGACGCCGGUGUCUCGUGAGUCUCGUCUCUUCAUAAAAUGACGCAAAUUACGCAGGAAGAUAACGAAUUAAAGAGAUUGCUCAAUAAUCCAGCCAAAAAUGCGAGCGAAGAUGGAUCCAUGGCUCCGCCGUUAUCGACGAACGUGCCGAGGCCAAGCACGGUGCAAAAUCAUCCAAUCAAUCCGCAAUCGACGAUGACCCCGAUAACGCCAGCUAAUAUCACGAAAGAAGUCCUGGAGCCUUGUUUACAAAAUGUAGUCUCUACAGUUAACUUGCAAACUGAACUGAAGCUCAUGUACAUUAAUGUAAGAACUAGAAAUUCCGAAUACAACCCAGCAAGGUUUACCGGAUUGAUAAUGAGAAUACAGAAUCCUAGAGCGACAGCGCUCAUUUUCCGAUCUGGCAAAUUAGUAUGUACUGGCGCGAGAAGCGAGGAAGAUUCACUUUUGGCGGCGAAGAAGUUUGCCAGGAUAAUCCAGAAACUUGGAUUCCCCGUAAAGUUCUCCUGUUUUAAAAUACAGAACAUAGUUGCGACGUGUGAUUUGAAAUUUCCAAUUAAAUUAGACAAACUAAAUCAAGCGCACUGUCAGUUUUCUAGUUACGAGCCAGAAUUAUAUCCUGGCUUGACGUACAGAUUGGUAAAUCCUAGAGUGGUACUGUUAAUAUUUGUGAAUGGUAAAGUUGUGCUAACAGGAGCAAAAAAUAGGACUGAACUACAAGAUGCAUUAAAUAAUAUAUAUCCGAUAUUAAAGAGUUUCAGAAAGCAGUAAUAUUAUUUGUUCACAAAAUAAAUGUCACAGAUAAAAUGAUGAAACGAUGGUGUGCAUGUAAAAAUUGUAUAAUAGAAAGAUGUGUUUCUAUCGCGAUGCAUAAUGAUUAUCUUAGAAUUCUGCAUAAAAUAAGAGAAGUUUGAUCUUGUACUUUUAUAUAUCUAUAUAAUAUCUGUAUAUAUAUAUAUAUAUCUUUUGUAAUGA